UUACAAGACGCCCCGGACCGGCGUCCCUCCUGAAACACGCUCUUAAAAUCAGUUUGGAGUUUCGGCAUUUUUUCAACUUGAAGAAAACCUCGAAAGCGCUUCGUUACGGAAAUGUGCCGCUAACUCUGAGAGUACGUCCUGCUGGGAUUACGAUGGUGUAAAUAAAAAGUGAUCCUGUGGUUCCGGGUCAUGUUUUCUUACCAUUAGCAAAUGCUUCUUGAAAAUUAAGGACAAUGGAUUGCAGAGUCCUGCUUUUCUGGCUAUCUACAAACUGGAUACACGAUUGCGCAGAAGGCGGUUCGGAGCAUAACAGUCCAUAUUGGGAGCAACCGUUUUCUCAACCGUAUUUUGACAAUACCACUCGAAGGGAGGUCACAACUACAGUGGGCCAAACGGCUCAUUUGCAUUGUAGAGUCAGAAACCUGGGAGACAGAGCUGUUUCGUGGAUCCGCAAGCGGGAUUUGCACAUCCUCACAGUGGGAAUCCUGACUUAUACGAACGAUCAACGAUUUCAGUCGCUGCACACAGAUGGUUCAGACGAGUGGACGCUAAAGGUGACGUCCCCUCAAACUAGAGAUUCCGGCAUCUACGAGUGUCAAGUCAGUACCGAACCUAAAAUUAGCCAAGCGUUCAAACUGAAUGUUGUAGUUUCAAAGGCCAAAAUAGUGGGUAACCCCGAGUUGUACAUCAAAAGUGGAAGUGAUAUAAACUUAACGUGCAUAGUUCUCCAGACGCCAGACCCACCAAGUUUCAUUUACUGGUACCGGGGAGGAAACGUGAUUAACUAUUCACAGCGUGGUGGCAUAAGCGUAGUCACCGAGAAGCAAACACGAACAAGUCGUUUGUUGAUUUCACGAGCCUUGCCCCAGGACAGCGGUAACUACACAUGUUCGCCCUCCAGCAGCGACGCCGCCAGCGUCCUUGUGCAUGUCCUUAAUGGGGAGCAACCGGCAGCCAUGCAGCACGGCAACAACAGUAGCACCGCCAUUUGCUGGACGAUAGAUUUCGUACUUGUUAUAUUUCUCCAGUGCUUUGUGCUAGAAAGGUGAAUUCCAAUGAUCCUCUAAUGCAGUCUAUUAUUAUAUCAGCGAUAAAUGUUUAUCAAUUUGAUAAUGGUAACACUGUGGCCGUGUAAAUAUCAGCGGAUGACCAGUUAUUGUUGUAUGUCCAACACGUAUAUCAUAAUUUGUUUGUAUAAUUCUGAUGUACAUAGUUGUUGCUGUUAAAUUGUUGUCAUAGAUGAAAAUUACAGCUGGUCUAUACUAUAUCAUAUGUGGCUGUCUGAUUUAUUACUAUUAUUUAUUACACCAAUACCAUAUUUCAAUCAAUCCCAUUAUAUGUAUAUAUUUAACAUUUUAUCUAUGCUUGAUAAUCGGAACUUGGUCCUAAAGAUUGAACUAAAAAACGAAAGAUCUAAUUUUGACAGGCGAGCCUUCACUGGCCAUAUCGACAAGUACAGAUUGUUUUAUAAAAAUAAGGAACUUAAUUUGGUGGAACAUUUGCCUACAAAAUUAGAACGUUUACAAGCACUGACAUAAAAUUAAUAACUUAUUAAUAUUAAUAUUUUUUUAGUAUAAUCACAUUUCUGUUUCAAAAACGAUAAUAUAGCGUUUAGAAUGAAGUACUUGAAACCUGAAAAUAAUUCAACAAAUCAUCACUAGGUAUGCAAAGUUAAUGUGAAUAAUAAUCGACUCACUCAGCCCCUGCUUCAACUACAACCUCACCAACAAUGUUGCAUAUCACAUGACCGCAACCGCUACGAUUUUUAAUCUGUAGCUACCAGAAGAAUCCAGAAAUGCAUUACUUAAACUAUUGGAAAAUUCCGGUCAAUAUGUGAUUGUGAUUGCGUGAUAAUGUUGUUUUCCAACUGACUGACGUUGUCACACACAAAAUCAUUUCAUAAAUGAUGCACUAAAUCUAAAUUAAGCAUUGUAGUUUCAACGCACUACACAAUAAUUAGCUAAAUUAAGUGCAUCAUAGCUUUUAUCUUCCAAUGUCAUUCGAUAUUAAUUGAUAAUGAAAGUGGUGUUUAAGUGAUGAAUUUGAGGAUUUCCAAUUUCCUGUGUUAUUUUAAUUUAAGUCACGGCCUAACAUUAUGACGUUUAUUUGAAUUUUAUGUACCUAAUAUACAUGGCUUAUUAAAUGACAUUCCAGUAAUGUCGUGAUUUGAUUUAAACUUUGAUGUACAAUUUCAGUGUAAAAUUUUUCUAAAACUGUAGAAAUCGUUAUAGGUUUCGUUGUAUUAGUUUUUAUAUCCGUAAACAAAAACAGUAUAUGUUU